CGCAGGGGGGAGGGGCUAGCGCCGCUGCAGGUCUGUUGACGGAGCUAACUAAACUCCAUCAUCUAGCUAGUUAGCAGCCGAUGUGCUGACCGCUGUCGGUGAUGUGCUGGCAACAAGAGAACAUGGACUAGCUAACUGAGAGUUAUCCUCUUGUUUUGACAAUCACUAUCGAGCCGAGGACCUUCCCUGGUGGUUGUAAUUAGCCCCUUCAUUCAUGCUUCACACAGGAGUUUGAGCUCCGAGUGGCGGGCAAAGCUCAGUCAUCAGCUCGCUGGGACAACUGGGACAACACGGCUCAAUCACCGAGUAGCAGCAUGGUGGUCCCGGAUAGUGCCAGCGUGGUCACUCAGCCUGACAAUGGCAGCCCCACUGGCCUCACCAAGAGCUCAGAGCCUGGGUGCGAGGAGGCAGGGGAGGGGGGUCAAGACCUGGCAGGGGUGGAGCUGGAGGAGGUCCGAAAGUUGCAGGAGCUCGUUCGCAGGUUGGAGGUCCAGAAUGAGACCCUGCGCAGCAGAGGAGGCAAGACCAUCAUCCACACAGGCAACAGCAACCUCACAGCCGCUGUGAAUAUCAACGAGAGGCUGAGCUGUGAAGAGGUGACCAACUCCUGCCUCAGGUUGGAGCACAGCGGCAAGCUGAGCAGCACGGACUUAAAGCUGUCACCGCCUCAGGACAGCAGCAGCAGCGAGGAGAUGUCUCCUCUGCCCGUGGCCAACAGGCUGGAGGAGGAGGACGAAGAGGAGGAUCGGGGUCCUUGUGGGGGCUUUCUGACUUUGACCUGCAGGAACGGAGCGGGACAGUCUCAGGGGCAGAGCCAGACACCAGAGAGCCCCUCUCAGGAAAGUUAUGAGUCAGAGACACUUGCAGAGAGCGACACAGGGGUGGACCAAACUGCGCUGGAUGAGGUGGAUGUCCUAGAUUUGGAGGAUGAGUGUGCAGAAGUAGAGGACGAGGACAGUUGGUUAUAUGUGUCUCCUAAAAAGCAAGUAGCAGAUCAAGGCCCAGAUUCUCCUUUGAAGUGGUGUCGGCAGGUUCUUGAUCAACGCAGUCCAGAGACAGAAAUGGCUUGUCGGACCCUGAUCAACCGCUUGGACCAGACGUCUCGAUGGAGGAACAUGUACAGCAGCCCAUCAGAGGCAGGCUCAGCAGGCUCAGGCCUGAUCUCUCCUGGGUACCACAAAUCAACUAACAAAUCCCUACUAACCUGUGGCAGCUCAGGUGUUACUAGCAUGCACUCAGCCCUAAGCUCACAGUCCUCCAUAGACAGUGAGCUCAGCACAUCAGACGACUCCAUCUCUAUGGGCUACAAGCUGCAGGAUCUCACUGAUGUCCAGAUCAUGGCUCGCCUUCAGGAAGAGAGUCUGAGGCAAGAUUAUGCUUCCAGCUCAGCAUCUGCAUCACGGCGCAGCUCCACAGCAUCUCUGCAGUCCCUGCGCCGGGGUGGUACGUACAGUGACCAGGAAUUUGACAGUUACAGCCUGGAGGAUGAGGAGGAUGAGUUCUCCUCCAUGCCCCAGCGACGACACCACUUCACCCCUUCACCAUUAGGCUCACCCCGGUGCCUCUCUCCCUCCACCUCCAACCACGGUCAGGAAUACAGCAGCCGACUCGGGGCUCCACGCACAAGAACCCCUAGACGGUCUCUCCAGGGCCCCAGUGCAGAGCUGCUCAAAUUUGCCAAGAGCGAAGAGGAGUUGAGGCACAGCAUGCCUAAUCUGGCCCCCCGUACCAGCCUACGUUCCCUGGAGGCAGUCAGAAACAGCCGCAGCAUGGAGGCUAACCUCCAGAGCUCUGGCAACCGCAUGUCUCACCUGACUCACUCCCCCUCCACAGGUAUGGCUUGUAGUCGCCUGCGUAGCAACGGCCAGUCUCCUCUCUCCCUGCGGACUCCGGUUAAAGCCAUCAAUCCCGUGGGCUCCAUGGCAGCUGGCCGUCAGCCUUCCAGAGGUCUGCCUGUCAUCCAAGGGCCACCUGCAGGAGGGGGCCGCAGGGUCCAGUCGCCAGGUUCUGCUAACGGAGGAGGCUACGUUCCCGGGAGGGCCUCGACUGGGGGAGGCAGGCCUGUAGUGGGGCGAGGUCAGGCUGUGCCAUCAGGCUCCACAAGAAGUAAACUUUCACACCCUCCCAGGAGGUCUUUAGGAAUGACUAAAAUCUCUGAUGAAUCCUGGAAAGACGGAUGUUACUGAGUUUUGCCAGUGAUGAAGGAUGUUCACUGCUGCAAGAAUCACCUGACUUCUCCGUGUUACCUCUCAACACAAAAGAAACAACACCCACUGUGUCCACAAAUGUGUUACACAACCUCUCGGUCCCCCCAUUUCAGACUAGAGCGCUGGGCUGCACUGGAUUUGUAGUUAAUCUCUUUCCCUCGCAUGAAACAUUGUCAACCCACACAAAGAGAGGAUGUGUAGGCAGACGAGAAGACACACAUGCACACUCCACUUGUUAUAUGGACCAACUCGGAGCUUCCAGAAGAUUCGUUUGUGUCAAUUUUACUUAUUUUUCUAUGGUAAUCGUGAGAAACUGCUGGAAUAUUAAGGGUUGUAUUACUGUACUGUUGAUGUAAUUGAUAUGAAGACAAUUUAAAUGAAGAUAUUGCUGGUUUGUUCAUUUUUCUGUGUGAAUUACUACUAGAUGAAGGUGCUGACUAUUGCAUGCUUGGUUUUGUUGUUUUCCCUUUGCCCAACAGCCUUUUCAUCAUUAUCCAAUUGCAAUAUGACAAAUCUUCCAUGUGUCCCACAAUGAUUUUUGCGAAUUUAUGAAUGUUCGAGUGGUUCAUAGUGAAAUUGUGUUUAGAUUUGUGUUGUAGUUGUGUUUUGCUACUUGCUUACACAGCAAUGCAACUCUUGUAAACCACACUGCCCUUACGAAUUAUAUACAAAGGAAAAAUAUGGUUUGUGCCAAGGUGCAUUACAGCUGCAACUCUUUAAUUCCAGAAGUAAUCAUGUCAUUACAGGUACUGUUACAGUACUGAGUUUUCCAGGCAUUUUACUGCAUAUCUAGAGGUGGAUUUGAGCAUUUGGAAAAAAAAUGUUUAUGCACAAAGGCCUUGUGCCUUAGUCAGCUAUGCACCCUCAUGAAGAGUGCCUCUGAAAAUUAGGAGCUGUAAUAAAAAUUAAUAAUAAAGUCUACCCUGAAACUGUA